AUGGAGCUCCCUGUUUUAGACAAGUUCUGUUUUAUCUUCGACUUGAGGACGGGAUGUAUCAUCAUGGGGAUAAUAAAUUCGAUCCUAACGUUCGUGUUGGCGGUGAUAUUAAUCACCUUCGCGGUGGACAUCAAAGACGCGGCAGAGUCUAAGAAGGAUGAUAUGGACGGCAUGUCUUCCGUCGUGUACACUAUUGUGAUACUGAUCGUUGUUCUCCUUUUCUUGAAAUUCCUGCUGGAUUUGAUCUUCGUAUGGGCAGUGUAUAAGGAGAGAAGUGGUAUUAUAAAGAAAUACUGCAUCUUCUGGAUCGUGUUCCUGGUGCUUUUUAUCAUUGGAUUCCUCAAGACAUUGUUCCACAUGGGCGCCGGCCAUGUCAUCGCACAGAUACUGUUCCUAGCUGAAAAUUUUUACUACAUCGUCGUGAUCCGGAGCUACUUGAUAUCGAUCAACGAAGAUGGAGUUUUG